GCUAGGCUAGUGCUCUUCCGCUGAACCAGUCCCUUUGCUUUUUAUUUUUAUGUUUCCAGGUUUUGAUCAUGGCUGAGAAUUGAAGGAAAAAAAUUAUGUGUGUACACACAAUAUAUACACAUUCAUGUAUAUUUUUUCCCCUCGGAUAUUAAAAAGUCAGAAAAAAGGUAACUAAGAAAGGUAUAUAAAUAGCCACAGGUGACUGUUAUAAAAGGCACAUGGAAAUAAAUGGCAACAAAGGCUGUUUUCAUGGUACUCUCAUGUCAGAAACAACUGCAAAACAAUUCCAGGUGUGAAAAACAUUCUUCUCGUUCUCUAAGUAGAUUGAUGCGUUUCAUCUACUAGCAGAGGUUAUGUCGAGGAAGCCUUAAGCUUAUCUCAGGGCUUCGGUUGAACCACGGGAAGCUGGAGAAAGAGAAGCCAGUUAUCUCCAUUCCAGAUGCCCAGCUGCAGACUCCUAAGCUUCGUUUGUGGGCACCCUCUUGUGGGUAGGUACUGUCUUGGAAAUGGGAUCCUAAAGCAAGGUGAGGCAGAAAGCCUCCCUUAGGGCCGGCUGAUCGAGGAAGCUAGCGGCUAUGAGGCGGGACAGUAUACCUCUCUCACCGCCCACAGCGGACUCUUGUCUUUGUAGUCGCCGUUCUUCCACCCAGCUCAGCUUUCUAAGCCACCUCUAGGUUCUCUCGCGUCUUCCAGCGGACCGCCCGGUUGCUCCCACGAGCAAUGGGGAGAAACCCAGAGGGCUGAGCCUGCCUUGCUUCCCAAAGGCUCCGCCGCCUGGGAGAGCCGGCCCCCGGUGGCGGAUAACUGAGGGGCCAGACUCGGCAGGGGAUUGCUUCUGUCUGAGGCCCGGCUGAAGCUGCGUUCGUGCCUCGCGCGCACUCGCUUCGCGUUCUCCCAGCCAAUCCGAAGCUACUCGCGCGCCCGAAGCGUUCCCCAGUCCUACUCUGGCUGGGCCGGCUCCUUCCCGCUCCCAGUACUCCGCGUCUAUGCAAUCCCUCCUCCCCUCACUCUCCAAGAGUUGCACGCCCCGGGGUGUAGCUCCGCCCCUGUCCCCGAGUCCGCCUCCGCAACCUCCUGAGCGUGUGCUCUCUUUUCCCUCAGUCUCUUGGCAUCUAGGCGUCUUGGGUCUUACGCCCCGCAGAACUGCACGCGCGUGUCUCUGGCCUUACUCCGCCGCCUCCACGCGCUUCCCCAGUGCGGCCACCGCGUACCCCACCACAGCUUGCCUCUUCUCAGCUGGUCUCGGGGUCGCGCCCUCUGGCUCCGCCCCCUCCGCGGACCCGCGCAUUCCUGGCGCGGCCUUCCCCCCCCAAUACAGGCCACCGGGUGCUCUGCCGCCUCCUCCUCCAUCUCGGCUCGCCUUGCGCUCUCAGGGCGCCCUCGCUCUCGCGCUCUCCGAGGCGAGCGCGCUCCCGGGCCGCGCGCUCCGGGCUCCGGCUUCUCCGGGCUCCUGUCAGUGCGGUGACUGCGCUGGGAAACAUGGCGACCGAGGGAAUGAUCCUCACUAACCACGACCAUCAAAUCCGUGUCGGAGUCCUCACAGUGAGUGAUAGUUGCUUCAGGAAUCUUGCAGAAGACCGCAGUGGGAUAAAUCUCAAAGAUCUUGUACAAGAUCCUUCUUUGUUGGGUGGGACUAUAUCAGCAUACAAGAUAGUACCAGACGAGAUAGAAGAAAUCAAGGAAACUCUGAUAGACUGGUGUGAUGAAAAGGAACUUAAUUUAAUAUUAACAACUGGAGGAACAGGGUUUGCACCACGAGACGUCACUCCAGAGGCCACAAAAGAAGUAAUAGAACGGGAAGCGCCAGGGAUGGCCCUGGCAAUGCUGAUGGGAUCACUUAAUGUUACACCUCUGGGCAUGCUCUCUAGGCCUGUAUGUGGAAUCAGAGGGAAAACUCUCAUAAUUAACCUACCAGGUAGCAAGAAAGGAUCUCAGGAAUGCUUUCAGUUCAUACUGCCAGCUCUACCUCAUGCCAUUGACCUUUUACGUGAUGCCAUUGUAAAAGUAAAGGAGGUACACGAUGAACUAGAAGAUUUACCUUCUCCACCACCUCCUCUCUCCCCUCCUCCUACAACGAGUCCCCAUAAACAGACAGAAGACAAAGGGGUACAAUGUGAAGAAGAGGAAGAAGAGAAGAAAGACAGUGGUGUUGCUUCAACGGAAGAUAGUUCUUCAUCACAUAUAACUGCAGCAGCCAUUGCUGCCAAGAAGCAUCCAUUCUACACCAGUUCUGCUGUUAUCAUGGCACAUGGUGCGCAGCCCAUCCCUGGUCUCAUCAAUUAUCCCCAUCAUGCAACAGGCAGUACAGAUGAACGGAUUCCAGACUCCAUUAUUUCUCGUGGUGUUCAGGUGCUCCCACGAGACACAGCAUCCCUCAGCACUACUCCUUCAGAAUCGCCUCGUGCUCAGGCUACAUCUCGCCUCUCUACAGCUUCCUGCCCAACACCAAAACAAAUUAGACGGCCGGAUGAAAGCAAAGGAGUUGCUAGUAGAGUUGGAUCCCUCAAAGUCCAGUCCAGGUGCAGCAGCAAAGAGAACAUUCUCAGAGCCAGUCACAGUGCUGUUGAUAUCACCAAGGUGGCUAGAAGACACCGCAUGUCUCCUUUUCCUCUGACAUCUAUGGACAAAGCCUUUAUCACAGUCCUGGAGAUGACUCCGGUGCUUGGGACAGAAAUCAUCAAUUACCGAGAUGGAAUGGGGCGAGUCCUUGCUCAAGAUGUAUAUGCAAAAGACAACCUACCCCCCUUCCCAGCAUCGGUAAAAGAUGGCUAUGCUGUCCGAGCUGCUGAUGGCCCAGGAGAUCGUUUCAUCAUUGGGGAAUCCCAAGCUGGUGAACAGCCAACUCAGACAGUAAUGCCAGGACAAGUUAUGAGAGUUACAACAGGUGCUCCAAUCCCCUGCGGUGCUGAUGCAGUAGUGCAAGUGGAAGAUACUGAACUUAUCAGGGAAUCAGAUGAUGGUACUGAAGAACUUGAAGUGCGAAUUCUGGUGCAGGCUCGACCAGGCCAAGAUAUCAGACCCAUCGGCCAUGAUAUUAAAAGAGGGGAAUGCGUUUUGGCCAAAGGAACCCACAUGGGCCCUUCAGAGAUUGGUCUUCUAGCAACUGUAGGUGUCACAGAAGUUGAAGUUAAUAAAUUUCCAGUGGUUGCAGUCAUGUCAACAGGAAAUGAGCUGCUAAAUCCUGAAGAUGACCUCUUACCAGGAAAGAUUCGAGACAGCAAUCGUUCAACCCUCUUGGCAACAAUUCAGGAACAUGGUUACCCCACAAUCAACUUGGGAAUUGUUGGAGACAACCCAGAUGACUUACUCAAUGCCUUGAAUGAGGGUAUCAGUCGUGCUGAUGUCAUCAUCACAUCGGGGGGCGUAUCCAUGGGGGAAAAGGACUAUCUCAAGCAGGUGCUGGACAUUGAUCUUCAUGCUCAGAUCCAUUUUGGCAGGGUUUUUAUGAAACCAGGCCUGCCAACAACAUUUGCAACUUUGGAUAUUGAUGGUGUAAGAAAAAUUAUUUUUGCACUACCAGGGAAUCCUGUAUCAGCCGUGGUCACCUGUAAUCUCUUUGUUGUGCCUGCACUGAGAAAGAUGCAAGGCAUCUUGGAUCCUCGGCCAACCAUCAUCAAAGCCAGGUUAUCAUGUGAUGUAAAACUAGAUCCUCGCCCAGAAUAUCAUCGUUGUAUAUUGACUUGGCAUCACCAAGAACCACUGCCUUGGGCACAGAGUACAGGUAAUCAGAUGAGCAGCCGUCUGAUGAGCAUGCGCAGUGCCAAUGGAUUGUUGAUGCUACCUCCAAAGACAGAGCAGUAUGUGGAGCUCCACAAGGGCGAGGUGGUGGAUGUCAUGGUCAUUGGACGGCUAUGAUGAUCACCAGCAGGAGAAAGCUUUGAUGCAUGUCCACAUAUCAUUGACUGUAUCCUGUAAUAUGCAUCGGCACAGCUAGUUUUCUGAUUUGGAUAAAAGUUGAUCUGUAUAAUCAACAUCUUGAACUAUAUUUCAAAUGAAUUUAAAUACCUUUUAAAAGAAAAAAAAAACACCUAAGAAUAAAUCUUAACAGACAACUCUAUUCUGAUUAUAUCAAAGCAAAUUUUUUCCUUUCUUGCAAAUUGCUUUGUGUGUUCAAUGCUAGGUCUGAUAGCGAUAGCUUUUAGUAGACAGCGGUAGGUGCCUGCAGAACUUGUGUUUUUCUCAUCUUUAAAAUACAACUACUUAUACUCUUAAAUCAAGGCUGUCUGCUUAUUUAUACUAGCUUAGACAACACUUGGAUUUCCCUUCUUAGUAUGCUUCAUAACCGCUUUACAGAGAGCUUUUGCUUGUUCUUUAUCAUGUAUCUCGUGUUUAUGUGCACUGUGCCAAAAGAAGAGUAACUGGGUGGAGGCCCUGCCCUGCCUCAAGAACCAUCCUCUGCAGAGCAUCGGGGAAGAUUCUUACCCUAGUAGCCUCGUGGCACAGUACUCUUGGGCAGUAACUGGAUACCUUUUAUUUGAACAAACAAACUGGGGGAGAAAAUGCUUCCUUAAGUGCUGACAGCCUUUUUAACCAAUACAUUUAAAAUUGUACAGAACAACAACAACAAAAAAUCAAAGACUGAUCUUGUACAGAUAUUAGUGUUACCAGCAUUCACAUGGAAAUCAAGAGCAAAGACAAAAUAAUGUUAAACAACUCUGUACCAUAACAUUUUCUGUAAUGAUACUAAAACUUAAUGAAUAAAAAAAA